AUGGACAUCAUCAAAGCAAAGACACCUCGCAAACUGGACAUCGAAGACAUUCCCGCAGAGGCCUUCCAGCAUAUCUGUGGUUUCUGCUCCCUCCACGAACUGGCCGCUAUCCGCACCCUCUCUAAGCGUAUCCGUGACCUCGUCGACGACUCCCUCACCGCCCGCAACACCUUCGCCAACCCCACCGAAGAAGUCCGCUCCAAACAGGAACAAGACCCCCUGGCAUGCUUCAUCAGCAUCACCCUCCAACGCAAGCACCAACCCAUUACCGCCGUCUUUGCCCGCUACAACAAGGAACACAACUACCUCGAGUUCACUCAGAGUGAAAGCGCCACAGUCGACCUUGAUAUUGACACCUCGACCCUUGGACGACUCGAUUUUAACAACUGGGAAAUGCAGCUCAACGGUCGCACGAAAAGGGCGAGCGAGUCUUCCUCAACAGCCCUUCAACAGCGUCCAAGGAGGUCUAGCAUCACCCAGGCUGGAUCUAUCCGUGCCUCCCAGACGUACAUGGAACAGGACCUCGCCAACGGUGGUCCCAUCCCGCCCAUGCCCACCAACCAACCCGUCCUUUCGUCCUUCUUUGGCUCUACACCAACACCUGCUGCAACACCUACUCCAGCUGCGACUGUGCGUCAGGGGUUCAACCAUAUGGCGCAAUACGUCAUGUCCACCUUUGCCGCAGCGCCAACAACAUUGACUACAGAGCAAAGAGAACAGGAAGCCCGGAGACUGUUUCAUUCCGUCGAAAAUGAGGUCCUCUCAUCCAAGAAGCAGUACAAGUUGGUGCUCACCGAAGGCACCCACUUUAUCGGUGACGACGAAUUUAUUAUCCGCUACACCAUCACCAAGAAGGAACCCGCCGAGGAUGACAACGCAGAGCAAACACAGCCGCAACUGGAAUUCAAGAUUGACUAUAUCCGUGCGUCGUGGCGCUGGAUCUCGUCUGGUGCGCCCAAGAGGCUACGAUCCAACAAGGGCAAAUCAACAACCAGCGGCAACCAAGGACGAGGCCAUCAGGACGAUCGCGAGCCCUGGCAAACCCAAGUGAACCCCCUGCCGGAACUUCGAGUCGGAAAGAUGUACGCCCAUCGAUUCAACAUGUUGCUGGAAGAGAUUGGUCGCCAAAAGGUCAGCCCAAGUGUCCGUGGCCAGUUGAGGGAUCUUGGAUAUGAUGCAUCGCUGUUUCCUACAAAGUUCAUCUACGCCAACCUUCGUGAUGAACACGUCCUCCGAUGGAUUACUCAGGAACACUUUGAGGAGACUGACCGUGAGGCAGUUGCCCUCAAAAAGUCACAGGAACAGGAACAGGAACGGAAGACGCUGUAUGAUGACUGGGAGAUGGUUGAGUCGAUGUCGACCUCACAUCAGCUGGCGCAGAUCAGAGCCGACAAACUAAAGGCCGAACGGGAAAAGGACGACAAGGCCGCGUUGCAAGAGAUGGUCGAGUUGCUUGAGGAGGAGAAGGGGUAUCUCUCAGCACGGAAUAUUCUGGAGGAGAUGCUUGCCUGCAAAGGGUAUUCGAGGGACUUGAUCUGGAAGUAUGGUGUUGUUCGGAGAGAGAUGAUGGGACCUGUACCCAGUCAGACUGAGGCCAAGAAGUUGUUGACCAAGGUGAUCGAUAGCGAGGCUGCACACGCGUCCACACGUCCCCGUCCUCACCAGAUGUAA